AUGGAUGAUGCAGUAGACCAGAGAGACGAGGCAUUAGAUCAGAGAGAUGAAGCAGGCGAUGAAUUGCAUACGGUUCCAGUCAGUGAAGAUGUUGUUGUUGAUUCACCAAGUUCAGAUCCAAUAGAGUUAGAAAUUGAUGGUUCUUCUUCUAAUCCAGUUGAUGAAGAUUUGGUUGGUGUUGUUGUAAGUAACGGGGUUGAAGCGUAUGAGUUGUAUAACAAUUAUGCAUAUAGAGUUGGUUUUAGUGUGAGGAAGGGUAAUCAACGGUGCAAGGUAUAUAGCAAAACAGUCCAAAUGAAGAUGUUUAUGUGUUCUAAAGCUGGUUUUAAGGUUAAGGCAAAUGCUGGUGUUAGGGCAUAUUCAAAAAUUGACACAAGGUCAGGGUGUGGUGCAUGUGUUCAGUUUGACGUCGGUGAGGAUGGGUUGUGGACGGUUACAAAACAUGUAAAAGUGCACAAUCACGAGUUAUGUGCUGUAGACAAGAGUCAUCUUCUGCGUUCACAUAGAAAUGUGGGUGAUAAUCAACUGUUAUAUUUAAAAGAUUUGAAGAAGAGUGGUGUUGCAAUGGCAGAUGGUAUUAGGUUCUUGAAACAUCAAGCAAGGGGGUCUCCAUUAGUUGGCUUCACUAAUCGAGAUGCUUAUAAUUUGAAGAGGCAGUCAACUGAGUCUGAUUUUUUCUUUGAUUUUGAAGUUGAUUGUGAUUCAAGACUAUGCAGUUUUUUUUGGAGGGAUGGUCGGAUGAGACAAGACUAUGAGUUGUUUGGGGAUUUAUUAGUGCACGAUACAACUUAUCGCACUAAUAAAUAUGAUAUGAUUUGUGGCCCUUUUGUAGGGAUGAACCACCAUUGCAUGAAUGUAAUGUUUGGAUGUGGUUUUCUGAUGAAUGAGAGGAUAGAAUCAUUUGUGUGGCUGUUUAGAGCAUUUUUAAGGUCUAUGAAUGGGAAAUGUCCACAGACUAUCAUGACAGAUCAAUGUGCAUCCAUGGCUGCUGCUAUUUGUCAGGUGUUUCCAACAUCACGUCACCGUCUUUGCAUAUGGCAUAUUGGCGAGAAUUCGAAGAAGCAUAUCAAGGCGUUAAGGAAUAACAAGGAUUUCUUAGAUAUGUUUAACUGUGUGUUGAAACACACAGAGACUGAAGCUGAGUUUGAAUUUUAUUGGACAAGGUUGGUGACUGACUACAAGUGCCACAAGAAUAGUUGGAUACAAAAGCUGUAUGACUGUAGGGAGAAGUGGUGUCCAGCAUUCAAUAAGGACUAUUUUUCAGGGGGCAUUUUAUCAUCGCAAAGGAGUGAAACUACUAACCAUUCGAUUUCAAGAAGGCUGUCCAAGACUGCAGGUCUAUGUGAUUUUUAUUCAUCGUUUGUUAGUGUAACUUCUGAAUGGAGGAGCAAAGAGAAUGGUGAAGACUUUCGUUGUACUCAAGGGGUACCCAACAUGAUGAUGGAGCACAUGAAACUUCUGUUACACGCUAGAGAGGUAUAUACGAUUGAGAUAUAUUUUUUGUUUGAGGAACAAUUCAUGAAAGGCAAUGCCUGUCAUCAAGAAAUGGUGUUGAAUGAAGGUUGUCAGUUCAAGUAUCACGUAUGGCGUCCAGAUAUAGAUAUUAUAAGGCAUGAAGUCAGUUUUAAGUUGUCAACCUUAGACAUUUCGUGUAGUUGCAAGUUGAUUUCGGAGUUAGGAAUUUUAUGCUGCCAUUGUUUACGCAUUCUUCAUAUACACUGUGUUUCAAGUAUUCCUAACAAAUAUAUCAUGAAAAGGUGGACUAAAAAGGUUGCUGAUGGUAGGGAUGUGAAUACUGGUUCAAUGUUUUGUAGAGCUGGUGUCCCUCCUUCAAUUUGGGUUGUGGAGAUUUGCAGAAAGUUUCAAAGACUGAUUUCAUCUAGUCAAGAUAACAGUGUAACUAGGCAGUUCUGUGAUGAAGCAGUUGAGGAAGCAAAGAAAAAGAAGUACAGUGCUGCAAGGGGGAGGAGGAGUGCUGCAAAUAAAGUUGCUUCGAGUACAAAGGGUGCUGUUCAGUCGUUGGUUUUGGAAAGUCUAUCUGAGAUUGCCGGGGAUGGGUACCUUGUACAUCCAAGUUCUGGGAGUUCGGAGUUUUGUCAGUAUAAUAAUGAUGUAGAUGAUAAUGCAGUUGUAGAUUGA